AUGAAGGACGUCCAGGGGGGUAAAAGCACCCACAGGAUGAUGAUGCAGAGGGUCCAGGGCGGGUACCAGCACCCACAGGAUGAUGCUGGGGGGGUCCCAGCCCAGAAUAGUGUUGGGGGGUGUGGGAGGGCAGACUGGUUCCUCCUGGACAGCCGGACGGUUCGCCACGCGGCCAUCGGCUUGUUCUGCUGCGGGGUCUCAGUCUACUUAACAGCUCUCGCCAUCUACAUGCUGCUGCUGUUUGAGCUGGAGGCCGGCAUCGCCAGCGCCUGUAUCCUCUCCUCUGGCAUCCUCGUCCUGCUCAUCACGGUGACACACGCCCUGGUACGGGCUUCCCAGGUCUCACGCCGCAGCCGCUCCGAGGUUUCUCCCACCCUGUAUGAAAAUGACUCUGCCCAGCAGGGAGAAUCCUCCACCAGUGAUCUCAACAACAAAAACGCGGCCUCGCCCCGGCCCAGGCCUGAAAUCCAUCGGGAAUUUUCUUUCCCUCCUUUCCUGGAGCGUAAAUCCCAGCUGGGAUCUCCUGCCAGCAGUAACCUCACCUCCUCGGGCAGCCCCGGGCUCCGAUCUGAGAAGGAGAGUUACAACCUGGCCCGGACCCACAGGACGCUGUCGGCAGAGUCGGGGCUGCUGCAGGCACAGGGGACACCCUGGAGCGGCGUCGCGCAGGAGAUGAGGAACGUGCUGGCGCGUAAACCUGGAGCCUCGGGCAAGGACUCGACCCUGGUGUGAGUGGAAACGGGGACCUUUUCACCCCACCUCGUCCCCAGGGGAGCUGCAGGCACCAGGGGCCAAGAUUUGCAUCUGUAUUUAGAGCUGAAAAUAAGUCACGGCCGCGUUUCCACCCUCCCCCUGGGCUCUGGGCAGCCGCUGCCUGAUGCUCUUUGCUUCUUGUACCGAGAAGACGCCACCUCCACUCAAAGCCAAAAGCCCUCAGCUGCCUGCCCCUCAUCCCCAGCCCCUGCUGCCACUUGUUACCCCACAAAUUAGGAUGGGAUUGGCAGGGCAGCAGCUGGCAGUGACCCACACGGGACCCCCAGGGCUGCCCCAACUGCAGCAAAGAGAAGAAGCGACCUCAUCGAGUUGAGAAGUGGACCUCAUCCAUGAACAGACCAAUUGACCCUCCUUCUCCAGCAGAUCCCAGCUGGUUUCUCGGGCUGCCUGGACCUCCCUGCCUCCUUCCUUCCUCCUCCAUCCCCAGGAGCCACCACUACAUCAAGAUGGUUCAUACGAUCCACCCAGGGGGGGUUGUGCAACAGGGCAGGGGUAAGAAACCGAGGGAGGUGAUGGAGAAGCAAGUGAGAUGGAAGCAGAGCCGUCUGCAAGAUGCAGAGGGUGGGUUUGGGGUGGCAGAGGCCUUGCUGCUCAGUCACCAGUAGGGUCACUUAGCAGGGAAAGGGGCUGUGGUGGGGCAGCCCUGGUGCCCCAGCUUUGCUCAGUGGUGGAGGGACCUCUCUGGUGCUCAUCAUCCAGGCUGAGGUCUGCGUUGGCGUUGCUCAUCCUCUGCUGUGUGCAGGGCAGAAGCACAAGGACUAAAGGCUUCCCCUGUUUCCAUGAAACACCAGGAGGUUUUGCUGAUAAACUCCUCACUGGUUACACCAUACUCUGCCAGCCCUGCCUGGAGCAGCAGCUCACUUGGUUCUUUCCCAAUUCCUUAUCCUUUAUAAAGCAUUUCAGUGAGCGAGGGGAGUCACUGAUUCAAACAGACCCCCUCUCACCUCCCGUGCCAUUAUUCUGGAAGACACCUGUUAUCCCAAGCACAAUAAUUUCUUUGGAAACUGAGUGCAGCUCUGCUUUGAUCCCUGCAUCCUUGGUAAAUUCUUCAGGA